CUUGCGCGCUCACGUGCGCGCCCACCUCCCGUCUGCUAUCCGAUCCUACGCGGUCUAUUCGCUGACUCAGUGCCUUAAGCAGCAUCACCGUUCACCUGAACACAGCUACAGCAUCCUCUGCGGAGAAAUACAUCAGCAAUGGCUAAAACAGCAACCGCAUAUAAAGAGAAGAUGAAGGAGUUGUCUGUCCUCUCCCUCAUCUGCUCCUGCUUCUACCCAGAGGCACGCAACAAGCUUGUGCGUGAGUUUGAAGACAUGGAGGUGAAACCUAUAAACAAGCGGGCUUCUGGCCAGGCGUUUGAGGUGAUUCUCAAGCCUGUGUCGCCGGUGUCAGAUGUGGCCCACAACCUCCCCUUAACCCCCAAGAGGGAUAUCUCCUUGGAGGACAUUGAGAAGAAACUUGAGGCUGCUGAAGAACGGAGGAAGUAUCAGGAGGCCCAGGUGCUGAGGGCUUUGGCAGAAAAGCGAGAGCAUGAGAGGGACGUGUUGCUAAAGGCCAUGGAAGAGAACAGCAACUUCAGCAAGAUGGCAGAGGAAAAGCUCCAGCUGAAGAUGGAGCAGAUCAAGGAGAACCGUGAGGCCCAUCUGGCAGCCAUGAUUGAGCGUCUACAGGAGAAGGAGAGACAUGCAGCCAUGGUGCGCAAGAACAAAGAACUGAGGGAAGAGCUGACAGCAUGAGCCUCACACAAGUCCUGACUUCCAUGGUCCAUCAACAUCCCUCCAUCCUCCUCCUGCCAUCACCCUCCUUAGAACAGACACCCAACCCUGGAGGCCGAGAGGUUUGAGGACCUUGCCACCACAUCACAAAACACCACACCACCAGUACUCACUACUAUCAGUAUUAUCAGUGGAUACAAACAUCAGUAACACUCAUCUUGAGAGUUGAAUAGGUUUGUUGGUUUUAGAGAAAAAGUGAGAAUAUGUUAUAUGUUUUUAUUUUGUAAAUACAUUCUCUUAAAAUCUAUCUAUCUAUCUAUCUAUCUAUCUAUCUAUCUAUCUAUCUAUCUAUCUAUCUAUCUAUCUAUGGUAGGUGAAGUACAUGCAAGGAUUGUACUGUACUGCACUGUACAAUUUCAAACAUUUUGUUUGUAAUUGGUUAAUGUUUCAGUUUUUGAAAUUUUAAUUUUAAAUAAUUUUCUUGUGAAAGCCCUCGGUGUUGACAUUUGCAGUGUUUCCUGAUGAUGUCAUGAUGAUGAUGUUUCUGUGUCUUUGUGAAGAACGACGGUUGGUGUACCUAGACUCCUCAGCAUAUCAGCGUAUCCCAUCUGUAUCUUCCUCACGCACACACCUACUCAUUCUGGAACACGCACGCUUGGAACUUAACAAUACGCCAAACCCACUGAUUCAUAAAGUGUCACUUCCUCUGAAAUGAGCUUGAUAAUGAACUUGAUAGGUGCUUUAUUGUUAUUAAGAAUGUCUUUGCCCAAUGGGAGCAGCUGUUUAUACACUUGCAGAUUCCCGCUUACCCUGACUACUUUCUUUGUCAAUGAAUUCUCAUCUUUAGCCAAAUCAAUAGCUCUGUUACGUACACAGUAUUUGGGGAUUGGUCUCUUGAAUGUUAUGACACCAUACUGGUACCAUGCAUAUUGUCUUGGACAGUGGAAUGUGCUGUUGCUCCCACCUUGAUAGUGAUAGUGCGAACAUAACGUAUGUCUGUGUGGGUGUGUGUGAAUGCAAAUUUACCACAAGGCAUCACUAGCCUCUGCUCUCCUUAGGGGAUUAGAUGGAGAAUGGAUGCAGGAUGCUUUACAUUCAGCACACUGAACUAGUCUCUUUUUAUUAUACAAUACCACUGAUAUCUGCUUGCAUACUCUGCUGCUUGUGUUUCUCCCUUCAUAUAUUUCUCUGUGAAAGCUUCGCUGAAUAAAGGUUUGGGGUUCUGUGAACAUGGCAUGCACCAUCUAAUACUUUUCUGUGCUAAAAGAGGAGGGAAAAUGUAAACUGCCAAAUAAAAGAACCAGUUAUCUACACAUCCUGAGAAUCACA